AAUGCAUUAACACUGAGCUACAUACAUCCCCAUCUCAGAAUCUGAAUUUACCUGGGUCAUUUGGCUCCAAAAUCUUUGCUGCAAACUACUUAUUCAUGCAAGGUUGUCUUUGUGUUGGGUUCAGAUUCCUGAAUGGUCUGGGCUGGCCUGAGGAGUUGGAAGGCAAACAGGAUGUACCCUAAGUGUUUGUGCUCUUCCCUCCCAAGACUUCCAGCAUUUUCAAGGAAGGAGGGCAAUACUAUGACUAUUUUCUGGGAACACAGCAGGCCCAGAUAUGCUGAGAUUUGGCCAAAUGUUCAUGGCUACCAAGUAGCAAAGAAACCCAUCCCUUAACACCUAAACCCUAUACAUGCUGCCUCUGAAGCAGAUCUGAAGAGGAAGAAACCUACCUGGCCUUGGCCUAAAAGACAGCAAAGCUGAAAUGAAAGGUGGAAUGUAGGGUGGUCUGCCCAAUGUUCUCUUCACAGAUGAUAUCUCCAUGCUGGGAACAACUUGCCUAGAAGGCAGGCUCUCUUCCACACACACAGUUUGUUUGCUUUUUUAAGGUAGGAUCUCACUAUAGCCCAGGCUAACCUGGAAUUCACUAUGUAGUCUCAGGCUGGCCUUGAACUCACAGCGAUCCUACCACCUCUGCCUCCUGAGUGCUGGGACUAAAGGUGUGCACCACCACACCUGGCUUUGUGUAUGUGUGUGUGUUUUUAAUGCAGGAUCUUAGUCUAGCCCAGGCUCACCCAAACACAUUGGCUUUGGACGCACAGUGAUCAUCCUGUAUAUUCUGUAUAGCCCAGGCUGGCCUGGAAUAUGUCCAGAUUGGCCUCAUUCCCCACUAUCCCAUCUCUGCCUGUAAGUGCUGGUAUCACAGAUAUCCACUACUACACUGAGCUUCUAAGCAGUUUUAUACUCAACAACUUAGACAAGACACAAGUUAAUUGUUCAAGGUCACUUGAAGUGAAGGAACUGGGUUUGAACUGGGGCCCUUGGGCCCCUUGAUGGAGGCCCAAAGAGGGAUCCAGGGUCACACAAUCCCAACCCCCAAGCUAAAAGCUGUUAACUUCUUUUUAGCUUAGGAGAAAUAACACCUGACUACUACCUGGCAGAGGGUGGAGCUGAGGUGGAGUCAGGGAGACCAGGGUGGCCUCUCUGAGCACCAAGGGACAGGUGCCAGAGUGGCCUGGAGCAGCAUGAAGCAAAACUGGGGACCAGAGCUGCUCAUCCUGGGAGCUGUGGUCCUCAUAGAAGGUAAGAUACCCAUGUGUGAGGGAGAGUGGCAUGGUGGUCUACAUUUCAGCAACCUGUAACUUGGUGUGCAUGAGGGGCCAGUCUACUUAUGGAUAUCCUCUGGCUUUUCUGGGGCCACUUGUCAAAAUAGGUGGGAUUUUCUGUCAGGAAUCAGUCUGUAUCUGCAGUGAUUGUAAUCGUCUGUGGUCCUGCCUUUGUGUGUAUCAUGCCCUUGUCAGUGACUUCAAACAUGUUCUGGCCCCACUGGCUUAGGUCUGUCUUUUCCCCAUGCCAACUUGGCUCUCUGGCUAAAUAGACAGUGAACUCAGGAUGGGGAAAAGGCAGGAGAGGGACCCUCUGGUAGGUGUUCUGGUGGCCUCUAGGAAGGUGGGCAAUCUGGAUUGUUAGGAUGGGUAAGUAGAUCUCACCUCAGGACCCUACCCCACUUGGACAUGACAUAGUCCUCUAAUCCAUGCUCUUAGACCUCCACAGCUGAAGAACAAUUAAGCUAAUACUCUUUACAUAUAUAGGCCACCUCCCUACUCAGUGGUGGGGGCAGGAGUUAGGGGUUCAGAAACCUGGAGGAAAGUUGGCCUGGUCCCAAGGUAAACCCCAGGCCUUGCUCCUCAGGCCUAGGAGUGCUGAGCACAGCUCAGAGAAUUAGUGGCUGAGUGUACACUCUGAAUGAGCACCAAUAAAAGCUGCAUUUUGACCUCAUAUAAAUAUUUUCAUUCUGGGAUGGGCUGGUGAGGUAGGCAGUCCUAGGUAAAGACCCAGGACCUGUUCCUCAACUCAAUCCCAUCCUUCAAACCUGGACCUAGCAGUUAAGGGCACCUCUACAUUUUACCUAUGUCUUUCUUUUUCCAGGUCUUCAAGAAACUCAUCAUGGUAAGCUAUGGGGACAUGGGGCCUGGGGUGAGAGGACAGGGGUCUGCAGACAGCAGGACUCAUAUCUCCACAGCCUGUGGUCAGCGUGGCCCUGGUCCCCCUGAGCCUCAGGAGGGCAACACAGCACCUAAUGAAUGGCCUUGGCAGGCCAGCGUGAGGAGGCAGGGAGUGCAUAUUUGCAGUGGCUCCCUGGUGGCUGAAACCUGGGUCCUUACUGCUGCCCACUGCUUUGAAAAGGUGCCUGCAACAGAACUGAGCUCCUGGUCCGUGGUCCUGGGUUCUCUGCAGCAGGAGGAGCUGAGCCCAGGGGCUGAGGAGCUCCCAGGACCCUACGGAAUUUGCGCCUGCGUCUCAUCAGUCGCCCCACAUGUAACUGUCUAUACAACCGCCUGCACCAGCGGCUACUGGCCAGCCCAGCCAGGCCUGGGAUGCUGUGUGGGGGUGCCCAGCCUGGGGUGCAGGGACCCUGCCAGGGCUAGGGCUCAUGUCUUUGGCUCUCUUGCGUGGCCCCAGGGGGAUUCUGGUGGCCCUGUGUUGUGCCGUGAACCUGAUGGACACUGGGUCCAAGUUGGGAUCAUCAGCUUCACAUCAAGAUGUGCCCAAGAGGACACCCCUGUGCUGCUGACUGAUAUGACUGCUCACAGCUCCUGGCUGCAGUCCCGAGCUCAGGGGGCAGCUUUCCUGGUCCAGGAUCCAGGGAUUAUGGAGACCAGUGAUGAGGACAGCUGUGUAGCAUGCGGCUCCUUGAGGAGUGAAGGACCCCAGACAGGAGGCCUCUCCCCAUGGCCCUGGGAUGUCAGGCUGAAAUACCAAGGGAGGCUGGCCUGUGGUGGAGCCCUGGUGUCAGAGGGGGUGGUGCUGGCUGCUGCUCAUUGUUUCAUCGGGCGCCAGACCCUGGAAGAAUGGCGUGUAGGACUGGGUGCUGGACCAGAGGAACAGAGCCUGAAGCAACUCAUUCUUCAUGGGGCCUACACCCACCCAGAGGGUGGCUAUGAUAUAGCACUAUUGCUGCUGGCUCAGCCUGUGGCACUGGGCCCUAGCAUAAGGCCCCUUUGCUUGCCUUAUGCUGACCAUCACCUGCCUGAUGGUGAACAUGGCUGGGUUUUGGGGUUGGCCCACCAAGGAGCAGGUAUCAGCUACCCCCAGGCAGUGCCUGUGACACUCCUGGGACCAAUGGCCUGUAACCGGCUACAUGCAGCUGCUGGAGGUGAUGGUGUUCCCAUUCUGCCCGGGAUGGUAUGUGCCAGUGUUGUGGGUGAGCUACCACCCUGUGAGGGCCUGUCUGGGGCACCACUGGUACAUGAGAUUAGGGGUACAUGGUUCCUGGCUGGACUGCACAGCUUUGGAGACACCUGCCAAGGCCCUGCAAGGCCUGCAGCUUUUGCAGCACUCCCUGCCUAUGAGGACUGGGUUAGCAAUUUGGACUGGCAGGUCUACUUUGCUGAAGAGCCAGAACCUGAGGCUGAAAGCUGCCUAGCCAAUUCAAGUAUGUGUUCCUGGGGCAACCCUGCUCACUCUCUCUCCACUUCUCUCCAACUAUGGACAGUGCUGCUCUGACCUGUGUCUACCUGCCUAAGGUGGAUAGCAGCAGGGGACAGACCUACAUAGGCUAUAGGGAGAAGUCCUGACCUCUUUGAGUUUCAAUUUUCCCAUAGACCACAGGGGCCAAGAUGGAUUCUGCUCCUUCAAGGGCAGUUGCAAAGCAGAGGAUGGGGCCAACCUCACCCUUAUUCCUGUUCUUGACAGGCCAACCAGCCAGCUGUCGACUGUUGACUCUAUAGUUUACUCACAGGACGCCAGAAAAGUGAAGCAACUUCCAUGUCAACACCCCUGCCCUUCUCCUCCCUGUCUUGUGGUUCUUAACCCUGGGGUAGGCCCACCAGCUUGUUUGGCUGGGAAGAAGCCUGCCAUAGGCCAGAAGCUACCCUGAAUGCCCACCCUGCAGGACAGGGAUGUCACUCAUGGAUGCUCCCACGCAGCAAUUCUCCCUAACAGAGGUGUCCCUAGCUCUCCCUAUCCUCCAUCCCUCAGACACAAGCACACCAGCCACCUGUUGUGAAUUUUGGGGGAGAAGGAAGCAAUUUUUUUUAAAACUUAAAUAAAUUGUUACAAAAUA